AUGAACAACUCGACACAUGAAGACGUAUUUCAAAUAUCAUGCGACAGUUUUGGAACUACACAUUUUGUUAUAACGAAACUUAUGUCCGACAAAUUAUUAAUCACUCGUAUUUUCGCAAUUGUUUUAAACAGCAUUUUGAUAACUCCUACGAUACUACUCAAUGCUAUCGCAAUAAUAACAAUUUUAAAAUCUUCUCAACUGAAGAGCAAGCCUUGUUAUUUUAUCAUUCUUGUUCAAUCCGCGAUUGACUUGGUAGUUGGCGUUUUGGGCAUACCUCUAUAUCUUGCCUUCCUUAUUCAAGGUAUUACAGGUACGUCAAAUUGCGUUGGGGCGUUUCUGGCGAAAUAUUCCCCAGUCCUGCCAAUUGGAAUAUCUACUAUCACACUAUCUGCUAUGACAAUGGAACGAUACAUUGCCAUCUUACAUCCCUACGCUUACAGCACUGAAGUGACAAAGAAGAGAAUUUUGGUGUAUGUCGGUUCCGGUGCUGUGGUUACAAUUUUUGCGAUCGUUCUUUCUUUUCGCAUCCAGUUUGCUAUCAUGAUGUUUGGGGCGUUAUUGGUACCUCUCGUAUUCGUUUUCACUGCGUUUGCUUACACGAGAAUAUACCUGGUAGUUAGAAAGCUGAAUCGCGCACAGAACAAACCAUCAAAUGUAGAAGAAGUGAAUUUGACAAGAAAGAAACUGUUCCUGCGAGAAAUCAAACAGGCAAAGUCCUGUUUCAUUGUUGUCAUGUGUUUCUUCAUUCUGUCUUUCCUACCAGCUAUCGUGUUUACCUCAAAUAGAAACACUGACGAAAGCGAGUUUCUAGUCAACAAUGUCUGGGUGUACACGAUAGCCAUGUCCAACUCUAGUGUCAACUCAGCGAUCUUCUUUUGGACUAAGACGAUGUUGAGAAAGGAAGCAAAAAAGAGAUUAAACUUUAUUUGCGAGCGUUAA